AUGAAUAACGAGCAAUUCCGACGGCUGCUGGUUGACCAGGGGACCUCAAAAUCCAAGGACUCCAAUGCAACACCGGCUCGUGAUGCGUCGCGCGGCGGCGCAACCCCCGGCGGUCUAUUGGGCUCGCGAAUGCGGUCCAGUAUUCCCAUGACCCCUCGAUCAGUGACGGGAGUGGAUUUCGGCCGCCAGCUCGCUGAACAACGCCAAGGCGAUCGUCCCUCCAAGCGAUUCAAGUCUUCUGCUGCGCCGAAGGGUACCGCGCUACCAACCGGGUAUCAGGAUCGCGCACAAUUGCGUAAUGCGAAAGGAGAGGAUGAACGCGGCGAGGAUAUUGAGACGCGGAUUAAGGCACUGGAAGAUAUGGUGAAAUUAGGACAGAUCGACCAAGCAACGUUUGACAAGCUCCGCAAAGACCUUGGAGUUGGAGGUGAUCUCAGAAGCACACAUAUGGUCAAGGGACUGGAUAUGGACUUACUUAGGAGGGUCAGAGCUGGCGAGGAUGUGUCCCAAGCGGCUGAGAAGCCAGCACCACCUCCUGAAGAGCUAAAGGAGGAUGCGGACGAGGAGUUCGAGCGCCUGAUGGAGGAGAAAGGAUUAGAAGAAGUUGCUGCCGCCCCGAAGGAACAGAAAGAAAAGAAAAAGGGCAAUAUGGCUCCGCCACCUGCCAAACCGAAGACCCGUGAUGAUAUCCUGCGGGAGUUGAAAGCGAAGCGGGCUGCUGCUGCUGCUCCUGCUCCACCGCCGGAGUCAACUUUGAGCUCGAAAUUCAAGAAGCUCAGCGAUGGCAAGCCCGAGAAGAAGCGGUUUAUCGAGCGUGACGAGACCGGCCGAAGACGAGAGGUGCUCCUUAUCACGGACGCGCAAGGAAAUACCAAGAGGAAGACUCGAUGGCUUGACAAACCCAUCGAAGUCACUGGUACCGCUAAGGGAGACCUUCCCAUGCCUGACAAAGCUGCCGAACCCCUUGGUAUGGAGGUUCCGGCUGAGAUCGCUGCCCGCUCAGCUCCAGCUGCACCCGAAGACGAAGACGAAGAUAUCUUCGCCGGUGUUGGUGAUGAUUAUAACCCACUCGCUGGUCUCGAAGGCGAUGAUGAUUCUUCAUCCGACGAGGAGGGCGAAACAGGCGAGUCUGCGUCUCGGAAACAGGCCAAGGAUACUGUCAGCAAAGAGGACAAGAAACCCACGACCGAAACAGCACCUGCCAAACCAAGGAACUACUUUGGAACCUCGACAACAGAAGAAGAGCCUGAAGACCGUUCCAACCCCCUCACAAAGGACCCUACUAUCCUGGCCGCCCUCAAGCGAGCCGCAGCCCUCCGUCAAACCUCUCCCUCAGAGGGGGAAGAAGGCGAGUCCCCUGAAGCAGCCCUUCGACACAAGCGGUUUAUUGAAGAGGCACGCCGUCGAGACGCCAUGGACGCUGCAGAUAUGGACAUGGGAUUCGGAGAAAGCCGUGUCGAGGAUGGAGAAGAGGACGACCAGGUCUUGUUCGACUUUGACGAUGACAACCGAGGCGGCAAGAAGAGAAAGCGUGGACCUAAGAAGAAGAAGGGUGACAAGGACAGCGUGGCUGAUGUUAUGCGAGUCGUUGAAGGUCGCAAGAAGGACGCUUCUUGA